AUCCUUCCAUUAUUCAAAUCGGCACUGAUCCGAAAAAGUCCUCUCUCCUCCGAAUCCACCAAUUUUCCUCAAUAUCUUCCCAUAAUACCCCUCUCUCAAUUCCCUUAACAUCCUUUCAGCAGCUCCGGCGCGAAAAAUAUCUCGGCGGUCUCUGUCGCCGGUGAUGGAGCCAGCGAUGCCUGAUUCAAGAUCCGAAACCGACGAAGAAGAAGAAGCUCCGAUGUCCAACCCUGACCCUGGCCCUGGUCCUAGGGUUUUACCGGAAGAAUUGUCAAAGAACGUCGAGUUCUUGGAGUGCGAGUCGUCGGCCGAGGGCGGAUCCUGCAGCGUUUACUUGGUUGGAACUGCUCACGUUUCUAAUGAAUCUUGCAAAGAAGUUCAGGCUAUAAUCACUUACUUGAAACCUCAGGUUGUUUUCUUGGAGUUGUGCCCGAGCCGAGUUUCUAUUUUGAACCCACAAACUCUUCAGGUUCCUACUAUGUCGGAAAUGAUUGACAUGUGGAAGAGUAAGAGGAUGAACAUGUUUGGAAUUAUAUACAGCUGGUUUCUUGCGAAGGUUGCGGACAAGCUAGAAACAUUCCCUGGUGCUGAGUUCCGUGUGGCAUUUGAAGAAGCAAGGAGUUAUGGAGCCAAGGUUAUACUUGGGGAUCGUCCUAUUCAAAUCACAUUACGAAGAACAUGGGGGAAAAUGUCUCGGUGGCACCGGAUGAAAUUUAUAUUCUACACACUUUUCCAAGCAGUCUGCUUGCCAAGCGCUGAAGAACUAAAUAAACUGUUGGCGGAAUUGGAAAAUGUUGACAUGUUAACCCUCAUGAUUCAAGAGUUGAGCAAGGAAUUCCCUUCUCUUAUGGAGACACUCGUACAUGAGAGAGAUCUGUACAUGUCAGCAUCACUGUUGAAGUUUGCUAAGGAACACUCUUCAGUAGUUGCCGUGAUGGGGAAAGGCCAUCUACAAGGAGUUAAGAAACACUGGAAUCAGCCUAUUGAGUUUAUGCUGCAGGGAAAACACCUUAUGGAAGUUCCUGCAAAAAGUGAGGGAACAUCCAACAUGAAGAUUUUAGCCUACCUUGGGGUUGCCGGGGUUGCCAUAGCUUCUGGAAUAUACCUUAUCAGCAAGAGGUGACAAAGUGAUCCAUCAUCCUCAUGUUGUACUUCAAGCCGAGGAGGCCCAAGAAAUACAGUUCGGUAUACAGUUGAGUCGUUGACAUACACGUUAUAGUCUAUAACAGUUUAGAGACCUUGAAGAGAAUAAACUCUCUAUUUCUUCUAUAUUUGAUUAGGUUUAUAUUUUGUGUGGAUAGUUUGCUGCAUGGAUAAAUUAGCACUCGUUUGGUGUCUCUUUGAGAGUGCGAAAGGCUCAAAAUUGAAUGAGAUCCUGCAGGAUGGGGACUCUUCCCUUUAAAAUGAUUGAUUGAUGGGUCAAUUUCCUGUUCCA